CGAUUAUCGUGAAAAAAAUGCAGCAUGCAUGCCCCUCCUCUCCAACUGAUCGAUGUGGACUUGGACUAAUCUAUUUGCUGCUCCUCCGUCAAGUGGCAAUCCCUGCAACUAGCUAAGCUAGUGGAAUUCGAGAAAUGCGGGAAGGUUGUUGAUGAAUGCCGUUGCAUGCGUGCGUGAUCGAUCCCGAUUAUCGUGGAAAAAAUGCACCAUCUGCACUAUAUAUAUACUCACUCCUCAUCUAGAACACAACAAAUUCAUUAGAUUAGAUUAGAUCAUCCAUGGUAAUGGAGGCGGCGUGCGUGCUCGCCGUGGUGGUGGUGGUGAUGGCGUUCUUGUCCCCGGCGGCGCGCGGCGGCGUCACGAGCACGUACCGGAGGAGCCUGCAGGCGCUCCCAGACAUGCCGAUCGACGCCGACGUGUUCCGGCCGCCGCCCGGGUUCAACGCGCCGGAGCAGGUCCACAUCACGCUGGGCGACCAGACCGGCCGCGCCAUGACCGUCUCCUGGGUGACGCCGAAGCUCCCCGACAGCAACGUCGUCCGCUACGGCCUCCGCGCCGACAACCUCACCCACACCGCCAAUGGCACCUUCCGGCGCUACUCCUUCGGGCGCAAGUACCGGUCGGGAUUCAUCCACCACGCCACCCUCACCGGCCUCGACUACGGCACCAAGUACCACUACGCCGUCGGCUCCGGCGACACCGCCAGCGCCAGGUCCUUCUCCUUCACGACGCCGCCCAAGCCCGGGCCCGACGUGCCGUACAAGUUCGGGCUCAUCGGCGACCUCGGGCAGACGUUCCACUCCAACGACACGCUGAGCCACUACGAGGCGUGCGGCGGCGACGCGGUGCUGUUCAUCGGCGACCUGUCGUACGCGGACAACCACCCGGGGCACGACAACAACCGGUGGGACACGUGGGCGCGGUUCGUGGAGCGGAGCGUGGCGUACCAGCCGUGGAUCUGGACGACGGGGAACCACGAGCUGGACUUCGCGCCGGAGCUGGGGGAGACGACGCCGUUCAAGCCGUUCACGAACAGGUACCCGACGCCGUUCGGGGCGUCGGGGAGCACGCGGCCGCUGUGGUACUCGGUGAGGAUGGCGUCGGCGCACGUGAUCGUGCUGGCGUCGUACGCGGCGUACGGCAAGUACACGCCGCAGUGGAGGUGGCUGGAGGGGGAGCUGAGGCGCGUGGACAGGGCGGUGACGCCAUGGCUGAUCGUGUGCGUGCACUCGCCGUGGUACAGCAGCAACGGAUACCACUACAUGGAGGGGGAGUCGAUGCGCGUGGAGUUCGAGCGGUGGCUCGUCGACGCCAAGGCCGACGUGGUGCUCGCCGGGCACGUCCACUCGUACGAGCGGACGCGGCGGGUGUCGAACGUGGCGUACGACAUCGCCAACGGGAUGGCGACGCCGGUGUUCAACCGGUCGGCGCCGGUGUACAUCAACAUCGGCGACGGGGGGAACAUCGAGGGGCUCGCCGACGACUUCCGGUGGCCGCAGCCGGACUACUCGGUGUUCCGGGAGGCCAGCUUCGGCCACGCCACGCUGCAGAUCGUCAACCGGACGCACGCCUUCUACGAGUGGCACCGCAACAGCGACGGCGUCAAGGUCGUCGCCGACCAUGCCUGGUUCACCAACCGAUACUGGUUUCCCACCGACACCAACUAGCUACCCUUAAUUUCCUACGGCCUACUUCCUCUGUCACGUAAAAAACCAAUCUAGUAUAGGAUACGGCCUACUUUCUCUGUCACGUAAAAAACCAAAUCAGUAUAGGAUAUGAUACAUUCUAAACCAAUCUAGUAUAGGAUACGGCCUACUUUCUCUGUCACGUAAAAAACCAAAUCAGUAUAGGAUAUGAUACAUUCACCAAAUCAGUAUAGGAUAUGAUACAUUCUAGUACUCCGAAUAUAGAUAUACAUCUAUUCAGAUUCAUCGUAUUAGAAUAUGUCGCAUCCGAUUUUAGAUUCGUUUUCUGUGGACGGAGAAAAUACCUGCUUAAUUUUUUCUUUAUUACUAGUACUUUUCUUUUUCUAGAUUUCGACCUGAAUUCUAUUUAGUACGAAUGCAUCAACAGCAAAACAGAUUAGCACACUAGAGAGGGAGAUGGAUUAAUAAAAUCAUUCGGUUCUGUUUGGAGUUUGCUAGUAUAAUAUAUUCUUGGUUCUGUUUGGAGUUUGCUAUAAUAUAUUCUUUCUUGACGAAUUAUCUCCAUUCGUAAGCGUGCGUUAUCCUCGCCUCAACUAAUAUUGGAAUUACAGUUCUUCUGUCCAGAAUAGUAGCUUGGCUAUCCCUUUGUCUUUUGCUCUGCCGAAUAAAACAGCAACUGCAGUUGUUACACAAUUUUUCUAAAAAAAUCUUAGUCCAAAUUCCGAAACAAUUCAUUCUACUACUUGGGACCUGGGAGUGGAAAAGCAGUUCUGACUGAAUAAUUCAUACGCGUGAUAAAUUGGGAUAUUGAGAGCCGUAUAGCGAAUCAGAAUUUUGAUAUAACGUACUGAAUGAACAAGAAUGACCUCUGUAUUGGGCAUAUCCGCAUAUGGCAAUUUGUCGACCAUCAUGGAACAGUUUGAUCAAGUUGAUGGCAUGCGUUUUUAGAGAAAGUUGAUGCAAUGCACUGGAAAUGUAAUGUUGUACUCCAAACAGAAUUGGGCAAGCCCUGAUAUGCUAUUCCGCCCUUUGCACACAA